AUGCCGAUGCAGAUGAUUCUUGGACAUGAGCGCACCUUGUCAGGAAUCCGACCGUCAGCGGACAAAAUCCACGCAAUCUUGACUUGGCCUCGUCCCGAAUGCGAAGCGGAUCUCAUGCGAUUCAUUUAUGUCCUUCCCUAUAUGAAAGUGUACAUUCCAGGUCGAUCUGACAUGGUCGCGAUUCUCAAGGAAUGUGUGAAUGCAACUGGGAAGGGAAAACAGCGGAGGGUGAUUUCAUUUGAUUGGACUUCGAAACAACAAAAGGUCUUUGAUCGGAUCAAGAAGUUCUUCUCCAAGAUCCAAUUAGUCAAUCGACGCACCGCCAGACCUCGUCGCCAACAACAUGAGCAGUUUCGAGGACGAGACAGGGUGGAUGCGGAGGCUGGACCGUCGUUAAUCGAUCAUUUUGUCGAUCCAAAGUUGAUUCCUGAGAAGCGAUACGUGAGAUUCGAUGAUUUCCACGGCCUUGAUAGUUUGCCAACUAAGUUUGUCAUCUGUGUGGGUGAAGUGGGAGAGACUUGA